CUCUCUCUCCCAACCCCACAAACACCUUCGAUAGUCUAUAAUAUCAAAAGUGCCAGCCCAAUUCCGCUUCCAUUGUCGUCCUCCCCCUCUCCUCUUCACCAAAUCACUUGAAUCGAAUGUCCUCCUCCAUUCUACGCUCUUAUUUACCUAAGAAAUAAGCAGAAGAAAGAAGAAGAAGAAGAAGAAGAAGGGGUUUGGUUUAUGAAUGUACGCAACCAAGCGGGGAGAGGAGUUCCAUGGCUCCCUGGAGGGGGCCAACCUCCCGGGAGACACCUGCCACCUCUUCUCUAGCGACCCCAAGCCGCGCCUCCGUUGGACUCCCGAGCUCCACGAUCGCUUCGUCGACGCCGUCACCCAGCUCGGUGGCCCCGAUAAAGCCACGCCGAAGACCAUCAUGAAAACCAUGGCUGUUAAGGGCCUCACGCUUUACCAUUUGAAGAGUCAUCUUCAGAAAUACAGACUGGGAAAGCAAUCAAACAAAGAGCCUUCUGACAACUCAAAAGAUGCUGCCAACUUUGUGGAGAGUCAGGGAACUGGACCACUAUCAUCUUCACCAUUGUCAUCAUCAAAACUAUUGGCUAAAGACUUAAUUGAUGGAUGUGAUGAGGCCAUGAGAGUGCAAAUGGAACUUGAGAGACAGCUUCAUGAACACCUUGAGGUACAGCGGCAUCUUCAGAUUCGGAUCGAGGCUCAUGGCAAAUAUCUGCAUUCUAUGUUCGAAAGGGCUUGCAACAUCAUCGAUCCAAACCUUGCUUCCAACGGACUUGCACUAGUCAGAAAAACACCAUCUCAAUUUCCAACAAGCGAAGCAGCCGAUGACCGUCUAAGCUUCCUGUGUAAGGCACUCAAACUGCCAUCAUUGUCGGAGAUUGCAAUGGAAUCCGUUCAACGAAAACCUUCAAACGGAGUAAGUGCAACGUUUGCUGAGUGUUCAGUUGAUAGCUGCCUGACAUCAACAGCGAGCCCAGGGACAGGAAGGUCGAAGAUGCUGGGUCCUCGGGAAGCUGCUGUUGAUAUAAGGUUCUCAUAUGUUGGGAAUUGAUCACUCACGGUUAUGGGAAGGAGAUGUAAAUGAUUACGAGCCAUGGUUUCCUAGCAUUUAAUGACGAUUUGCUGCUAACUAAUAGGUUUAUUUUGGUUUCGAAAAAGGAAGACUUUGUAGCUAAAUCAUUCAGAUUCCUGUGGUAAACAGGUCAGGUUUUAAUGGAUUUGUGAGACGCUAA